AUGUCUGCUCUUAGCCACAUCCUUAACACCCUCACCCUCCUCAUCACAAUACUUCUGCUCACAUCUCUAUCACUCGGAGCCAAACAGCCAUACAUUCUUCCAUACUGUGCCAAACUAACAGUAGAACCUUACAAUGUGAAAAUUGCUACAGCUUCCACAACCAUAACUUUCAAAUCGACAUCUGAUCUGUGGUUCUUUCUCGACUCUUCAUACUUUGCCCUUAUUCCAAACAAUACAGAUCAUGGCAAGUUUGCUGACUUUGCUCGUUAUUGUGUCUAUUUGAUGGACACUUCAACUUCCUACACUUAUUUACCAGCUGUGAAUAGUAUGAAUUUGACGAGUACUAAAACUUUCACAGCCACAUUUACCAGUUUACCAAAUAACAAGAGACUCUCACUGUCAAUGUCAAGUUGUUUCUUUACAUUAUACAGAGAGAGUGAAUAUCAUCAAGAGCUUGUGCCAAUUCCACCAAUUAGUAUCUACAAUUAUGCAACUGGUACUGGAACUGUUUCAUCUUUUGCUCCGACCUAUGAUUAUGAUUCAUACUAUGCCAAGUAUUGUCUUAAUAAGGCAACGAAUGAUUCAAGAUAUUCAGCAGAGACUUUCACCAGCACAACUUCAACAUCAACUGUAGCCAGUUCUUUAUCUUUGAUAUCGGAAAGCACUUUUGCAAAAACAUAUUCCAAUUCUGGACUAUCUAUUUCUGGUAAAUGGAAAACAGACUCGUUCUCUUCGCAAAUUAAUUCAUUCACCUAUUCCAAUUACAAUUAUCAACUCUUCAAUCCAAUCAAUAUGAAUUUCAAGAAAAAUGCAACUUUUAUCAAGUAUCCUCUCAAAUGGAAACGUCACAUUAAUGUGGCAUCUGAGUCUGUCAGUUUCACAGUGCCAUCAGAUACUUCCAUCACAAAGAGAUGUGCAGAUCCUCAAGAAUUACAAGAUUUACUCGACACCUGCAUUUCUACCAAUCAAAUUUUUAAGGUAAAUGAUGUAGAAGGAGGAACUCCAUGGCAUUAUGGAGCUAAUCCUUCAUCUCCAGCUGAGGUUUCAGAUGUCAACAUUUUAAUAACCUAUUCUUAUUACGAAGCUAUUUUCUAUUCAGGACUGGCUCUUCCUUAUUUGAGAGCUCUCAUAGUUAAUGGAACUUUGACAAUUGCAAGAACUGACAUUUCAAAUUCAUAUUUUUAUUGUGCAAAGAAUACUUUGAGAAACCAAUUCCAAUAUUGGGAUUCCACAGUUUAUCACUUUAUCAAGUUUAGUACUAUUCAUAACAUGUAUUCAUUUGAUUCAAGUAGGAAGAGUUAUGAUUUGAAUACAAUGGCAGGAAUUGGCAUUGGAUCUCAAAAUAUUCAAUUGACUAAUUUCGAAAAUCAAAAUGCAAAGAGUGAGAAUGGAGUUUCUUUGCAGAUUAGUGAUACUUCACUGGAUGAUACAUUCUAUUCUCAAACAAGAGUUGUUCCAAUCUAUCAAUAUAACGAAACAAUCAAUUCAGUUUUUGAUUUGACAUUUAUUUAUGAUUCUGAGCUUGGAUCCAAGACAGGUGGUGCUUUGGUGACACAGGAAGAUUUUGUGACAACUUAUAAAUCAACUGCUUGUGCUGAAAAGUAUGGUUCCAGACUUGAUACUCAAUUGAGCAAUUUCUUUACGUCAAGUGCUUAUACUUUUAUUAGAAUUCCAGAGUUUGCCAAUAGACUAAACUAUUCCAAGUCUAUUUCCUAUAAUAUAACAUCAAACUCUAUACAAAUGAAUUAUCUAAACACUGAGCAAGCCGUUCAGUUCAGUUUACUAGUAGAUUCUUCAUUAUUAGUUUACAAAGAGGCAAGAAUUUCACUUGCAGAUUAUUCCUUCUUUGUAACACCAAAUAGACAAGAAUGGAAUGAAAUGAAUGCUACCUUGAAUGUAAAUAUAACAAAUAGUGGAGAAAUUAAAGGAACUUUUCAAGUGACAGCAACUUGUGGUUCACCAAUCACAGUUAAGGAAGCUAAUGUCAAGACUGCUGACAUUGAAAAUGGAAAAUCAACUUUGAUUCAAUUUGGAGUGACCAAUUCAGAAUGGAAAUCAUAUAAGGAUUUACUAAAUGUUUCCUGUUUGGUAAAUGUUAAAAUUAUUAAGGAAGAAUUAUGGACCAGUACGAAUAAGGAAAUUACUAUAUAUGAAACUAUUGUUUUGGAUCAUGGUUACUUUGUACCAUAUUGCGAACAAAAAUAUAACGAGCCAUUUAUUGAAUUUUCUGAGAGCCAUUUGAAUCAAUCCAAAUUUACAAGAAUUUCGAAUACGUUUUACAAUUCUAUUCUAUUCGCAGUGAAAAGCAAUACAACAGAUCAAAUUUCUGCCAGAUACAGUAUAUCAGUCAUCCCAACAGACGAUAACCCAUUUAUUCUUUCAAAUUCUUCAAUACUGACCUUUGAAUUAAUACCUCAACAAGAAACAACUCUGAAUUUGGAAAUUGUGGGAAUUGACUUUGAGAAAAUCAUGAAAGAACGAAUUAAUCUGAGCAAUUAUACCUUCCAAAUCACAAUCCAGAAUAUGGAUACAGCUGACUGUUGGUCCGAUUAUGGAAAAUCCAUCAUCCAACCAUUCACGUUCCAUGUCGAAUAUUUGUGUCCAGACAAUUUCGUAGGAGUUUUGUGUGAUAUUCCAGUAUGUUAUGGAUACAAUGCCACAGAUAUGGAGAACGUAUGCUAUGGACAUGGGUCAUGUCUAGCACCAGAUACUUGUUCCUGCUUGAAUGGUUAUACUGCAGAUAAUUGCUCUAUACCUAUUUGUUUUGAUUACAAUUCGACUGAUGUCAGAGUGUGCUCAUCACACGGUGAAUGUUUAUCACCAGAUAAUUGUCAAUGUUCAAAUGAAUGGACUGGUGAUGAGUGUAGUAUUCCAAUAUGUUUUGGAAUUCCAGCAAAUAUUGAAUCCACUUGUUAUGGUCAUGGUAACUGUUCUAAUCCAGAUACGUGUCAAUGUAUUUCAGGAUAUACAUCAUCUAAUUGUUCAAUUCCAGUUUGUUUUGGAUUUAAUGCUUCAGAUAUUUCAAAUGUUUGUUCAAAUCAUGGACAAUGUGUUUCACCUGAUAACUGCCAAUGCGAAAAUGGUUAUACUGGACUUAAUUGCUCAAUUCCAAUUUGUUUUGGUAAGCAUUUACUCAUGAAUGAAUCAGGUUUGAUCUGCUCAACUCAUGGUCAUUGUGUGGAUACAGACAUUUGUCUUUGUUUUGAUGGAUAUUAUGGUCCACAAUGUGAACUACAUAAUUGCUUCAAUGUCCCGUUCAACGAUUCAAACGUAUGUUAUGGACAUGGUAAUUGUACAGAACCAGACCAAUGCCAAUGUCAAGAUGGCUACACUUCAUCAAAUUGCUCAAUUCCAAUUUGUUAUAGUUAUAAUGCAUCUGAUAUUUCAAAUGUCUGUUCUACACAUGGCAAAUGUACUGAACCUGAUGUGUGUGCAUGUGAUAGUGGGUACACUUCUUUGAACUGUUCAAUUCCAAUUUGUUUUGGAAUUCAUUUAGCAAUGAAUGAAUCAAUGUUAAUUUGUUCAUCACAUGGUUAUUGCGUUGAACCAGAUACAUGCAUUUGCGAGAAUGGAUAUUAUGGAGCAAUGUGUGAAAUGCAUAAUUGCUUUGGUGUGAAAUUUAAUGACUCCACUGUAUGUUAUGGACACGGAAAUUGCUCACAACCAGAUUCCUGUGUUUGCUCAGAUGGUUAUACAUCUGAUAAUUGCUCAAUUCCAAUUUGUUUUAACAUCACAGCUUCAAAUUCACAAGUUUGUUCAUCACACGGUGAAUGUUUAUCACCAGAUAAUUGUCAAUGUUCAAAAGAAUGGACUGGUGAUGAGUGUAGUAUUCCAAUUUGUUUUGGAAUUCCAGCAAUUAAUGAAACUGUUUGUUAUGGACAUGGUAAUUGUUCUAAUCCAGAUACGUGUCAAUGUAAAUCAGGAUAUACUUCAUCGAAUUGUUCAAUUCCUCUUUGUUAUGGAUUUAAUGCUUCAGAUAUUUCAAAUGUUUGUUCAAAUCAUGGACAAUGCCUUGCUCCUGACACUUGCCAAUGCGAAAAUGGAUAUACUGGACUUAAUUGCUCAAUUCCAAUUUGUUUUGACUAUUGUACAUGUAAGCAUGGUUUCACAUCUAGCUACUGCUUCAUGCCAAUGUGCUAUGGAUACAACGCCUCAGAUGCUCAAGUUUGCUCUUCACAUGGCCAAUGCAUCUAUCCAGAGUUGUGUAAAUGCUCAACUGGGUAUACCUCAGAAAAUUGUUCAAUUCCUAUUUGUUUUGGCGUUCAUAUCUUGAUGAAUGAAACAGCUCCCUGUUCCUCACAUGGCCAUUGUGUUGCUCAUGACAUUUGUCAAUGUUAUGACGGAUAUUAUGGAGAUAAUUGUGAAAUACAUAAUUGUUAUGGAGUACCAUUCAAUGAUUCUGCAAUGACUUGUUAUGGCCAUGGUAAUUGUUCAUCUCCAGAUAUUUGUCUUUGUGAAGAAGGUUAUGUUUCGGAUAAUUGUUCGUUACCAGUUUGUUUUGGGCUCAAUUCUUCUGAUUCUAAUGUUUGUUCUUCUCAUGGACAGUGUAUUAAGCCCAAUGAAUGUGAAUGUUCGGUUUAUUUUACAGGAUUGCUUUGUGAUAUUCCAAUAUGUUUUGGAAUUCCAGCAAGUAAUGAAUCUACUUGUUAUGGACAUGGUAAUUGUUCUAAUCCAGAUACGUGUCAAUGUAUUUCAGGAUAUACUUCGGAUAAUUGUUCAAUUCCAGUUUGUUUUGGAUUUAAUGCUUCAGAUAUUUCAAAUGUUUGUUCAAAUCAUGGACAAUGUAUUUCACCUGAUAACUGCCAAUGCGAAAAUGGAUAUACUGGACUUAAUUGCUCAAUUCCAAUUUGUUUUGGAAAACAUUUACUCAUGAAUGAAUCAGAUUUGAUAUGCUCAACUCAUGGACAGUGUGUGGAUACAGACACUUGUCUUUGUGGUGAUGGAUAUUAUGGUCCACAAUGUGAACUCCAUGAUUGUUUCCAAGUGCAAUUCAACGAUUCAAACGUAUGUUAUGGACACGGUAAUUGUACACAUCCAAACCAAUGCCAAUGUCAAUAUGGUUACACUUCAUCCAAUUGCUCAAUUCCAAUUUGUUAUAGUUAUAAUGCAUCUGAUAUUUCAAGUGUUUGUUCUGCACAUGGUCAAUGUAUUGAACCUGAUUUAUGUGAAUGUCUAAAUGGUUACACUUCUUUGAACUGUUCAAUUCCAAUUUGUUUUGGAAUUCAUUUAGAAAUGAAUGAGUCAAUGUCAAUUUGUUCAUCACAUGGUUAUUGCGUUGGGCCAGAUACAUGCAUUUGUGAGAAUGGAUAUUAUGGAGCAAUGUGUGAAUUGCACAGUUGUUUUGGUGUGAAAUUUAAUGACUCCACUGUAUGUUAUGGACAUGGAAAUUGUUCACAACCAGAUUCCUGUGUUUGCUCAGAUGGUUAUACAUCUGAUAAUUGCUCAAUUCCAAUUUGUUUCAACAUCACAGCUUCAAAUUCACAAGUUUGUUCAUCACACGGUGAAUGUUUAUCACCAGAUAAUUGUCAAUGUUCAAAUGAAUGGACUGGUGAUGAGUGUAGUAUUCCAAUUUGUUUUGGAAUUCCAGCAAGUAAUGAAACUGUUUGUUAUGGACAUGGUAAUUGUUCAUAUCCAGAUACGUGUCAAUGUAAAUCAGGAUAUACUUCAUCGAAAUGUUCAAUUCCUAUUUGUUUUGGAUUUAAUGCUUCAGAUAUUUCAAAUGUUUGUUCAAAUCAUGGACAAUGCCUUGCUCCUGACAUUUGCCAAUGCGAAAAUGGUUAUACUGGAUUUAAUUGCUCAAUUCCAAUAUGUUUUGGAAAACAUUUACUCAUGAAUGAAUCAGAUUUGAUCUGUUCAUCCCAUGGUGGGUGUAUUUCACCUGAUACAUGUCUAUGCGAUAAUGGAUUUUAUGGCCCACAAUGUGAUUUAUUCGAUUGUUUUGGAAUACAAUAUAAUGAUUCGAAUACUUGUUAUGGAAAUGGUAAAUGCAUUUCACCAAAUUUGUGCGAAUGUUACGAUGGAUGGACAUUUACAAAUUGCUCCAUUCCUUUAUGUUAUAAUUUAACAGCCUCUGAUACGAAUGUUUGUUCUUCACAUGGAAAUUGUCUGAAACCUAACGAAUGCCAAUGUCACGAAGGAUUUACAUUUGAAAAUUGUUCAAUUCCAAUUUGUUUUAACGUGAACGCAUCAGAUUCUAAUAUUUGCAGUGGACAUGGUACAUGUAUCUCUCCAAAUAAUUGUUCAUGUGAAGAGAAUUAUUUUAAUGCCAAUUGUGAAGAAACUACUUGUUUUGGACUUGUUUCUAAUAGUUUACAAAGUUGUGGUGGAUUUGGUAAUUGUACAGCAUUUGAUAUUUGUGAAUGUGACUCGAAACAUGUUGGAGAAAACUGUUCCAUUACUUUUUGUUUCGGAUUACUUUCUAACAAUUCGAACAAUGUUUGCUCGGGCAAAGGUCAAUGUUUAGAAUACGACCACUGUAACUGUUCACAAGGUUACUAUGGAGAAUCAUGCGACUUAUUCGAUUGUUUCGACAUGCCAAAAAAUUCUUCACUUGUCUGUUCAGGAAAAGGUAAAUGUUUAGAUUCGAAUAUUUGUAAAUGCGGUAUAGGAUUUUAUGGAGAUUAUUGUCAAGAUUUUGAUUGUUUUGGAAUUCACAAAGAUGAUCCAAAUGUCUGUUCUAGAGUUUCUCCAUGUACUUCUCCCAAUAAUUGCUCCUGUCCAGCUGGAUAUUACGGAGCUAGUUGUGAACUAUUCAAUUGCUUUGAAAUUCAAAGCAACUCCUCUAAAGUUUGUUCUGAACAUGGGAAAUGUCACUUGCCAAAUAAUUGUUCUUGUGAAGAAGGAUAUUUUGGGAGAGAUUGUUCAGAAUUUGAAUGUAAUUUCAUUCACAAAAAUAAUGAAACUGUUUGCAGCUCAAAUGGAAAAUGUCACUCACCAAAUAAUUGUUCAUGUUUUGAUCAUUAUUAUGGAGAAGAUUGCGAAUUAUUUAAUUGUUUUGGGAAAGCAUUCAAUUCUUCACUGGUUUGCUCUGGAAAUGGCCAAUGCCUCGAUUACAAUAAUUGUAAAUGUAAUAUAUCAUUUUUAGGUGUGGAAUGCCAAGAUUUUACCUGCCAUGGAUUACAUUUUAAUGAUUCGAAUGUUUGCAGUGGAAAUGGAAGCUGUUUAUCUUUGGAUAAUUGCACAUGUUUUGAUGGAUUUACUGGGAGUGAUUGUGAAAUUAAUAUUCCAGAUCCAAUUAUUGAGAGAAAUGAAACUAAUAACCAAACUGAAACAACAAAUUCAACUCUAUUUAGUAAUCAAACAAGUAGUGAUGAUAAUUCUACCCUGUUUGAUAAUUCCACUUUGAUUAAUGGAAAUAAUCAAACUGAAAUGUCUAAUUCAACUUUAGAAAGCAAUCAAACUGUUGUUAUUGAAAACUCAACACUACCAUUAACGAAUCAAACCCUUAAUUCAUCUUCCAUAAAUGGAAAUCAAACUGAGGUAUCAAAUUCAACAGCACUCACAAGUAACCAAACUAAUGUUAUUGAUAAUUCUACUUCUUCUGAAAAUUCAACAUUAUCAGCCACCAAUCAAACUUUGAAUUCCACUUCUGUAAAUAUUAAUAACCAAACCGAAACUAAUUCUACUGAUUCCAAUAAUUCCACUCUAGAGUCGUGUUCUCAACAUGACGGUAUACAAUGUUCUGGUAAUGGAUUUUGCAAUCAUUCUGAAUGUAUUUGUGAAAAUGGUUACCACGGAACCGAUUGCAAUCUAUUCGAAUGUUUUGGAAUCAAUUCGACUAAUUCUCAAGUCUGUUCUGGUAAUGGCCAGUGUGAAUCUCCUAAUUUAUGUGCCUGUAAAGAAGGAUAUCUAUCACCCAAUUGUUCCUCAUUCACUUGCUUUUCCAAACUAAACUCAGAACCAUUAGUUUGCUCUGGACACGGAUAUUGCCAAGAUCUAAACUCGUGCCAAUGUGAUUCUGGUUUCUAUGGCCCUCAAUGUGACCUUAUCAAAUGCUUCUCCGUCCUCUCCAAUGAAUCAUCAACAGUUUGUCAAGGUCGUGGAAAUUGCACAAAUCCUGACACAUGUCAAUGUGAAACGGGAUAUCACGGUCCAGAAUGUAACAUUCCAGUAUGUUUUGGCAAUUACAAUGAAAAUUCAACAAGUGUUUGUAAUGGAAAUGGUCAAUGUUUUGCAAAGGAUACAUGUCAAUGUAAUGAAGGAUAUCUUGGUGAAGAAUGUCAUUUGACAGUCUGUAACAAAACUUCAUGUGUUUAUGGUGUUUGUGAAAGUGCUUUGAAUUGUAAAUGUAAUGUUGGAUAUGGAGGAAAAAAUUGUGAGCAAGUCAUUUGUUUUGGUCAUUUGGCAUCUGACAUUAAUGUUUGUAAGGGAAAUGGAUAUUGCAUAGCUCCUGACAAGUGUAAUUGUUCAAGUUUGAAAUAUAGUGGAAAGGAAUGUCAAUUCGAACAAGAUUCUGAUGAGCAAUGCUCCAUUUAUGGAGAUUUAACAAUUUUUAAUUCUAAUUGGAUGAGUGAAAGUUUGAAAAUUGGUUUGAGUGGAAAAUUGAAUCAAACUUUGAGGUCAACUAUCAAAUAUUCUCCUAAUUUAUUUUCAAUGAAUAGUUUCAAAUAUCUAAUCAAGAUUCAAAAUAACGGAAUUAGAAGUUUCGAAUAUUCUAUUCGAUCAUAUUGUGAAAAUGGAAAUUCUUUCAAGAGUUUAGGAAAGAUGGUUAACUCUAUUGAAAGCUCUAAAUCAUUAACUCAAUACGAAAGUAUCCAAAUUGAAAAUGAUGCUUUUGGAUUUGCAUUCUAUUCUCUUGACGAAAGAUUUGAAAAUAUCGAAUGCAAUAUCGAACUGAGUAUGAAACCUCUAGAUAGAAAAGACAAUUGUUUGGUUUAUGAUUCUAUUCAUGAUCCUACUUCUUCAUAUAACUACAAAAUAUUGAUGAUAUUUGAGAAUGUUGAUUCUUGCCUCUUUAUGAAAGAAAAUGAAAAUGGUCUAGUUGACUUGACCAUUCAAAAUUCAGUCCUAUCAAGCCUCACAAAUCAAUCUUCUGAAUUAUACAAUUAUGAAACCAAUUCUACAGAAAGCUAUCUUAAAAUUCUUUCCAUUUUCCCACAGAAGCGUAAUAAUUGGCAAAUAAUCCAGUCAACCAAUGACAACAACACAACAACCUCAACAUCUGCAUCUCUGUUAAUCACAGCUCAAUUAAUCAAUCCAGAAAAUCUCUACGGUAUAUUCAUUCCUGCUCUAUACUGCCAGGACGACAGUAUUUCAAGUGGGGACUCCUUUACAACAAGUUCUAGCUCUCUAACUCUUUAUCAUGAAAUGUCAAAAUUAGUUUUCCAAUUCAACAUUACAAUUCAAAACAUUUCACAAGAUUUGAUUGAUUAUGGAAGAGUCAGAGGUGGUAAGGAAGGCACAGCAUCCAUUAAUAUCGAUUCCAUGAACCUUAAUUGUUCAUUACUACUCAUACCAUCACCUGCCAAAUGUUGGACAUCAAAAAUUGAUAACCAAUCCAAACGUUCUCUUCCACAACCUUCUACUCAACUCCAACUCUACCUCCAAUCACUCAAAAAACUAAUAUGUCACUUUACCCUGCCAAUUGUCUCUGGCGAAUUUAAAUUCAUCCAAAGUGUCAGAUCAUUCGAAAUUGCCCUAACCUAUACUUGUAUGACUCUUGGAUUCGCCUCAAUGAUUUGCACAACCAAAGGUCCAAGAGAUCGUAAACACUCCCUACUACAGUUAGUAGAUUUCGUAAAACAAACUAGACGAAACAAGCUCGAACAAGAUGAACAAGACGAAACUCAUUCCACCCAUGAAACAGAGAAAAAUUUACCUUACUGCGACAAUUGUGGGCAUAAAACCUUGAAAAAGGCGAAAUUUGAGAUUAGCUUUGAUGGUCAACAAUCAGAAAGUGAAAUUGGAUUUUUCGUGUGCGAACAGCAAGAAUGUUUUGAAGCAUUGUGUUCGUUAUACAAUGAAAAUUAUAGUGAAUAUUUCACAUGUUAUGAUUGUAGAUCUGGUCAAUUGGUGAAAUUCCCGCCAUUUUUGAUGGUGGGUGUGGAUUGUGUUGAUGAUUUGCCUGCUGGUGCAGAAUCACAAAUUUUGUUGAAUGCCUUUGAUGCUGAUGAAUAUGGAGAUCUUGAUGAAGAAACAGUAGACGAAACAUUUGAUACAGUGUUAUUGGAUUCGAAUACUAGUAGAUCUUGA